AUGUUAGGGCUGGAGGCUCGUGGGAUCGAGCGUGUGCCGGAGUCGCUGCGCAGCCACGAGGCGAGUCUGCGCGACUACGUGCAGAUCGCACUGAUCUGGUUCUCGUCGAACCUGACAGCCAACAACAUCAUCCUGGGCUUCCUCGGCCCAUUGACGUUCAACGUGGGCCUGGUGGAUGGGAUGGUGGUGGCCACGUUCGGCCUGCUGGUCGGGUGCAGCGCGACCAGCUACAUCUCAACCUUCGGUCCUGUCAGCGGGAACCGCACGCUGGUGAUGUCCCGCUACACGAUGGGCUGGUGGCCGUCGCGGCUGUGCGUGCUGUUGAACCUGGUCAUCCUGCUCGGGUACGGCCUCGUCGACACGCUGAUCGCCGGCCAGAUCCUCUCGGCUGUCAAUGGCCAUGGGCUGACCAUCAUCGUCGGAACAAUCAUCGCGUGUCUCAUCUCGCUGUUCAUCUGCCUGCUCGGCAUCAACCUAUUUCACAAGUACGAGCGCUACGCGUUCAUCCCGCAGCUUCUCGUCUGCUUUAUACUCAUCGGCGUCGCGGGCCCGCACUUUGAUACCUCGUCGCCCCCCACCACAGGCUCCUCCGCCAGCACUCGCGCCGCAGACCGGAUGAGUUGGUUUUUUCUCUGCGUCUCGGGCCCGCUAGGCUGGGCCCCCGCCGCGGCCGACUUCUUCGUCUACUUCCCCGCGACCUGCCGCCGGUGGAAGGUCUGGGCCGCCUCCAUGGCCGGCCUGGUGCUCUCCACCACCUUCACGCUAUACCUGGGCGUCGGGAUCGCGUCGGGGAUUGCAUCCCAGCCGGCCUGGGCGGCCGCAUACUCCAUCAGCUCUGGUGCCGUGCUCGUGCAGGUUCUCGCUCCGCUCGGCACCUUCGGCCACUUCUGCGCCGUCCUGCUCUCGCUCGGGGUGAUCGCCAACAACGUCCCAGGCACGUACUCGGCCGCUCUCUGCUUCCAGAUGCUGGGCAGAUGGUGCAUGGCUAUUCCGCGGUUCGUCUGGACAAUCGUCGCAGUAAUUAUCUACACCGCGUGCGCCUGUGCCGGCCGCAACCAGUUUUUCGAGGUGUUCCAGAACUUCCUGUCGCUGAUGGGCUACUGGACUGCCAUCUGGUGCGCCCUCACGCUUGAAGAGGAGCUGCUCUUCCGCGGCGGGAUCAAAGGCUACGACUGGACCCUCUGGAAUAGUCCUCGGAAACUCCCCGUCGGGUUGGCCGGCUUGCUCGCGUUUUGUAUCGGAUGGGUCGGUGCCGUGCUGGGGAUGUGGCAGACAUAUUUCACGGGGCCGCUGGGCAAGUUGGUCGGUAGGGGGAUCGACUUGGGCUUGCCGGUGGCUGUCAGCUGGGCUGCUUUGACCUUUCCACCUCUUCGCUGGCUGGAAAGGAGAGUUCUUGGCCGGUAG